AAUUUGUUUCAAAACGUGUAGUGGAGUCGUUGGCACUGGUUUGUUUGGUUACGGCUGCUGCUGUUUUUGAUUAUUUUCUCGUAUAGCAGAUCCCGCGUUCAUGUAAUACAUAAUCGGACGUAUGUAUGCAUGUUAUGACAACUUGCCGGGUUGUUUUGAUCGUGUGCCAUUGUUUUAAGUGCUGAAUAUUAUAAUUAGUGGUAACAUUUUUGCGCGAGUGUAAAUAUUUAAAUAUUCACAAAAUUUGAAAACAUCCAAUACUUGCAUAUAGUAAAUAUAUAUUAUAUAUAUGUAUCAACACUAAACCAAAGAUAUGACCAAAAUAGUUUUAUGCUUGCUGGUGACUUAUGCCACGCUACUGAGUCAGUCACGUGCUAACCCGAUUGAUAAAAAAGCCUUUGUUGCCACUGAAUUCAUAGUACUGCACAACAAUGAUAUGCACGCUCGUUUCGAACAAACCAAUGUAAAUGGCGGCAAAUGUCUAGAAUCAGACGCCAACUCCAAUAAAUGUUAUGGUGGUUUUGCGCGAGUGGCAUACGAAGUGCGAAAAUAUCGAAAAGAGGCAGCAGAUGGUGGUAAACCGGUGCUAUACCUAAAUGCUGGAGACACCUAUACUGGAACAUCGUGGUUCGCUGUCUUUAAAGACAACAUCAGCGCAGCAUUCCUGAACAAAUUACAGCCGGACGCAAUCUCAUUGGGGAAUCAUGAAUUUGACGAAAAAGUCGCAGGCUUAGUGCCAUUUUUGAAAAAUGUGCAAUUCCCCGUUGUUACUUGCAAUUUGGACUUAAGUAAGGUGCCUGAAAUGAGUGCGGCCGAGCAUUUGAUGAACUCGACUGUUUUUGAAAUUAACGGCACAAAAGUUGGUGUGAUUGGUUAUUUGACGCCUGAUACGAAGUAUUUAAUAACGCCAAAUACACUUGAGUUUAUGGACGAAAUUGAGAGUAUUAAUGAAGAGGCUGCAAAAUUGAAGGCGCAAGGCAUAAACAUUAUUAUUGCUUUAGGUCAUUCCGGUUACCAACGAGAUCAACAAAUUGCUGCGAAUUGCCCCGAGAUUGAUGUUGUUAUUGGUGGCCACUCCCACUCUUUUCUAUACACCGGAACAGAGCCUGAUGCAGAGCGCAGUGAGGGUCCCUACCCGACUGUUGUAACACAGAAGAGCGGCAAGGAAGUGCCUGUAGUACAAGCGUAUGCCUACACUAAAUAUUUAGGCAAGCUUCAUUUGCAGUUCGAUAAAGAGGGAAAUCUCAUUGAGUUUGAUGGGGCACCCAUUUUGUUAAAUGCAUCUGUGCCACGAGAAGACGAUGUCCUGCAGUUACUAGAAGUGUACAGACCCAAUAUCAGUGAUUUGGAAAACUCAAUUGUGGGGCACACUAAAGUGAAACUUGAGGGUAGCUCAUCCGUUUGUCGCAGAUUCGAAUGUAAUUUGGGCAAUUUUAUUGCUGAUUCUUUAGUUUAUGCUCGAGUGGUUGAAGAUCAAGGUGGUACUUAUUGGACUGAUGCACCAAUUGCAAUUAUUAAUAGUGGUGGUAUACGUGCCGGUGUCGAUAAGCGUUCGGAUGGUUCAAUUACUGAAAAUGACAUUUUGUCUGUUCUGCCAUUUAAAAACAAUCUCUAUGUGAUCCGCAUAUCUGGAAAGAAAUUGCGCUCUACCCUUGAACUGUCGGCCACGAAACGCACCAAAGAUUCCAGUGGUGGUUUCCUGCAGUUUUCUGGUUUCCGAGUUACUUACGAUUACCGUAAUGAAGAGGGUAAUCGGGUGACUGCGGUCGAAGUACGCUGUGCAGAAUGUGAUGUUCCAGAUUACGAACCGUUAGACGAUUCCAAAGAAUAUAGCAUAAUAACGACUGAAUUCCUUAAAGAUGGCGGUGACAACCAUGAUCUGAUUGAAAAUGGCACUGUACCCAUAAGCAUGAAAUGGUAUGAUCAAGAAGCGGUGGUCGAAUAUUUGAAGCAUCGCGACUUCAUUUACCCCGAAUUGGAAGGGCGAAUUGUGAUAAUCGAGUCCUCAAACUCCGGAACGACAGCUGUCAGAUCUCUUAUCUGGCUAACACUUGUGAGUUCGAUGAUGUUUUUCAUCCGGUCACUUCAUUAGCAGUCAGCAUUACUAAUAAUCCUUGUAGAUCAAAAUUACAGCUGAUUUCAAGGGUUAUGCAUAAAUACAUUCAGGCAUAAACACUUUUAUUGCUGUAGUAGAACAAUUGAAAAAGAAUCAUAUAUGUCUAUAGCUUUCUUUGAAUUAAAAAAACAUAAUUAUAAUUAAUUGUACUCACAAGCAUGCUUUAAAGCAAAUAUUUAGGUGCACAAAAAUGUCUUUUGUAAAUUUAAAAUUUUAAUAAAAAAGUAAAUGUAAAAAUUAAAAUCAAUUUCAAAUGGUAAGUUGCUCUUUUUUGAUAAUGCCAAAACGUUUAACACGCUUCGUUAUAUUUUUCCAUAUAUGUAUGUACGUACUUUGUAAGCUUAAUAAACCAUUAUAAUUCACA